UACUUACUUACUUACUUACUUACUUACUUACUUACUUACUUACUUACUUACUUACUUACUUACGCCUGUUACUCCCAAUGGAGCAUAGGCCAACAACCAGCAUUCUCCAACCCACUCUGUCCUGAGCCUUCUUUUCUAGUCCUAUCCAAUUCUUGUUCAUUUUUCUCAUGUCUAUCUCCAUUUCCCGACGUAAUGUGUUCUUUGGUCUUCCUCUUCUCCUCCUUUGACCUUGAGGAUUCCAUGUGAGGGCUUGUCUUGUGACGCAGUUGGGUGCUUUCCUCAAUGUGUGUCCUGUCCACUUCCAGCGCUUCUUCCCGAUUUCUUCCUCCGCUGAGAUCUGGUUUGUUAUCUCCCACAGUAGGUUGUUGCUAAUAGUGUCUGACCAACGGAUCCUAAGUAUUUUGUGUAGACAACUGUUUACAAACACCUGUAUUUUCUGGAUGAUGGCUUUCGUAGUUUUCCAGGUUUCUGCCUCAUACAGUAGAACUGUCUUGACAUUUGUAUUGAAAAUUCUGACUUUGGUGUUGGUUGACGGUUGCUUUGAGUUCCAGAUGUUCUUCAGUUGUAAAUAUGCUGCUCUUGCUUUGCCGAUCCGCGCCUUCACAUCUGCAUCAGAUCCACUGUGUUCACCAAUGAUGCUGCCCAGAUAUGUCAAGGUUUUUACAUCUUCCAAAUCUUCUCCGUCAAUUGUGAUUGGAUUGGUGCAUGCUGUGUUGUAUCGGAGAAUCUUGAUUUUCCCUUUGUGUAUAUUGAGAGCUACCGCUACUGAGGCUGCUGCUCCACUGGUCAUCUUCUCCUGCAUUUAUUGUUGUGUGUGCGAUAGAAGGGCCAGAUCAUCUGCGAAGUCUAGAUUGUCCAACUGCAUCUUCGAUGUCCAUUGUAUCCCGCGCUUCCCUUCAGAUGUUGACGUCUUCAUGAUCCAGUCGAUCAGCAGGAGAAAGAGAAAGGGUGAGAGUAAGUAACCUUGCCUGACACCGGUCUUCACUUCGAACGACUUUGUCAACUGUCCUCCAUGCACGAUUUUGCAGUGUAAUCCAUCAUAUGAGUUCUGUAUGAUAUUGACUAUCUUCUGUCAGGUUCGUUAAACUUGAAUCAUACUACUGAUUCGGCUUAUUCGGAACGAAACGAAGGAUCAGGAUUCAGAGACUCGAUAGGCUAUUCUGGUCCGUUGUCCCCAAAUCAGCUAACUCGAUCAAUAAGUCUUGAUAAGACGUAGAAGUGUAUUCUAUGGGCAAUCAGCAGAUAUCAGG